AUGGCCACCGGCUGGGGGAGCCUCUUGCAGGAUGAACAGCAGCUGGAGGAGCUAGCAAGGCAGGCUGUGGACCGGGCCCUGGCUGAGGGUGUGUUGCUGAGGACCUCACAGGCGCCCAGCUCCUCCGAUGUGGUGAGCUAUGCUCCUUUCACACUCUUCCCUUCCCGGGUCCCAAGUGCCCUGCUGAAACAGGCCUAUGCAGUGCAGGUGGACUUCAACCUGCUGGUGGAUGCAGUCAGCCAGAACGCUGUCUUUCUGGAGCAGACUCUUUCCAGCACCAUCAAAAGGGACAGCUUUACUGCUCGUCUCUUUGACAUCCACAAGCAAGUCCUAAAAGAAGGCAUUGCCCAGACCGUGUUCCUGGGCUUGAACCGCUCAGACUACAUGUUCCAGUGCACCCCGGAUGGCUCCGCAGCCCUGAAGCAGAUUGAAAUCAACACCAUCUCUGCCAGCUUUGGGGGCCUAGCUUCCCGGACCCCAGCUGUGCAUCGACAUGUUCUCAGUGUCCUGGGUAAGACCAAAGAAGCUGCCAAGAUCCUCUCCAAUAAUCCCAGCAAGGGACUGGCCAUGGGGAUUGCCAAAGCCUGGGAGCUCUACGGCUCAGCCAAUGCUCAGGUGCUACUGAUUGCUCAAGAGAAGGAAAGGAACAUAUUUGACCAGCGUGCCAUAGAGAAUGAGCUACUGGCCAGGAAUAUCCAUGUAAUCCGACGAAGGUUCGAAGAUGUCUCUGAGAAGGGGUCUCUAGACCAAGACCGAAGACUAUUUAUGGACGGCCAGGAGAUUGCUGUGGUUUACUUCCGGGAUGGCUACAUGCCAAGUCAUUACAGUCUACAGAACUGGGAAGCACGCCUGCUCCUGGAGAGGUCAUGUGCUGUCAAGUGCCCGGACAUUGCCACCCAGCUGGCUGGGACCAAGAAGGUGCAGCAGGAGCUGAGCAGAGUGGGCGUCCUGGAGUCCUUGCUCCCUGGGCAGCCUGAGGCUGUGGCCCGCCUCCGUGCCACCUUUGCUGGCCUCUACUCACUAGACCUGGGUGAAGAAGGGGACCAGGCUAUCACCAAGGCCAUUGCUGCCCCUAGCAGCUUCGUGCUAAAGCCUCAGAGAGAGGGUGGAGGUAACAACCUAUACGGGGAGGAGAUGGUACAAUUCCUGGAGCGGCUGAAGGACAGUGAGGAGAGAGCCUCCUACAUCCUCAUGGAGAAGAUCGAACCCGAGCCUUUUAAGAAUUGUCUACUGCGACCUGGCAGCCCUGCCCGAGUGGUCCAAUGCAUUUCAGAGCUGGGCAUCUUCGGGGUUUAUGUCAGGGAGGGAAAGACACUUGUGAUGAACAAGCACGUGGGACAUCUGCUUCGAACCAAAGCCAUUGAGCAUGCAGAUGGUGGUGUGGCAGCUGGAGUGGCAGUCCUGGACAACCCAUACCCUGUGUGA